AUGUGGCUUUCGACUCCAUCGGUCGAGUCUCUGACCCGGCCGCGAAUCGCCGUCGCUCUCGUUUCGGCCAUCGCCACAGCUUCGAUCGGAUACUACGCCUACCAGAACCGCAUCAACAGUGCGCAAGAGGCUGCCCUACCCGGCGGCGGCCUCCACAGAAGCAACGCCAUCCGCCGUAGCCGACGACGAUCUCGCGGACAUAGACCGAGCUCGAGCUCUUCCUCUUCAGAUGUCCCCGGCGACGAAAACGCUGAAGUCGCCGAUAAUGCUGAAAAUCAAGAUGUCCCGGCCGCCCAGCCUGUAGGUGAUGGCGAGACCGUCGUAGAUGCUAAUAAUGAUGAAUGGUGGAACGAUCCUAACAAUUACCCUCCCCAGCAGCGAGCUGGCCACAAUAUCGUCAGCCUUCUGUUCCGCGUCUCGGAGGACAAUGCCAAACGAAACGGCUGUGUCCACAGAGGAUGUCAGUGCAAUUCAUGUGGCAUGGUUCCCAUUCGGGGUGUUCGCUACCGAUGUGCCAAUUGUGCCGACUUUGACCUCUGCGAGACGUGCGAAUCCCAAGGCGUACACAUCAAGACACACAUCUUUUACAAAAUCCGGAUACCUGCCCCCCCGUUUGGUCCCAGGCAAAUGCAGCCGGUAUGGUAUACAGGAGAUCCUGACAGUUGUAGGCGUAAUUUGCCUAGACCUCUGAUCACCAAACUCACAAGAGAAACGGGAUUCGAAAGGCCAGAACUCGAGGCAUUCUGGGAACAGUGGACGUUCAUGGCAAAUACUGAAUGGAGAGACGACCCCAGUGAUCUUGGCAUAGCCAUGGAUCGCAAGACAUUUGAGCGAUGCCUUGUACCGACGGGUGGCUCGCGUCAUGCAUCUCCAAAUUUGAUUCAUGACCGGAUGUUUGCCUUUUAUGACGACAACAAAGAUGAUCUAAUUGGGUUUUCCGAAUUCCUACGUGGGUUAUCCUAUCGCAAACGCAAGGAUAAGCUGAAGAAAGUCUUUGAUGGAUACGACCUUGACAGUGACGGCUACGUUGACAGGCGGGACUUCCUUCGCAUGUUCCGAGCAUAUUAUGUCUUAUACAAGCAAAUGCACAAAGAUAUCUUGGACGGUCUCGAGGAUCAGCUUCUUGCUAGCUCUGAGGCUCAACAGUUAGUCGCUAGUCGCCAGCCCCUGAGCAGCCUGUUCGGACGUGAAGGGCGAGUUCCGACAGCCGACGGCCCUCUGGCAUUUAGCGGUAAGAAUUUUUAUCCCGAUGGUCACGUUGAACUGGAGCCUGGAAUGGAGGAAGCCGUUGUACGCGACAGCAGCGACACGGCCGACCGAGAUGAUAUUCUGACCAACCUCUUUGCUUACGACACCGACCCGUAUUCGCGUCGACGGAUGCCACCCACGGAUGAUGUUGACACCAACUGGCGUACGGUCCGCACCCUGACCGCCAAUGAUGUUGACAGAUCGUACUUUUUGGCUUUGAUGCACCCACCUGCUACCCUCGAUGAGCUGCCCGGAGCAGUCGCGGGUAACCACGAGCCUGACGAUAACGCAACGGACGAGACAUCGGAAGACGGAACAACUGACGAUAAGGAAGCAGAUGAGGAUCAUGAUAAUGAUAACCUCGAAUCUUCCGGAUCGCAGCGGCACGACUCCUUUACAAGUAUUUUCCGGACGGAUAGAAACCCCACCGAAAGCGAAAUCAGAGCAAGCUAUGUAUCCCACUAUCGCCAGCAUGGUCCCAGAAUGACCAAGCGACGCAAAGACAUGGCUCGACGGCAACUCCAUGAACGGUGGAAGAGGAGACACUUCUACCUGGACGAAGAAGAAGGUGGAGAGGCACCAUCGCAAUGGGAAGAUGAAGAAGACAUCCUUGAGACAUCUGGCAUCAUGGGCGAAAGCUCAAAAGGAGCUAGCCCUCAUCGCACAUCAACGCACUCACGCUCCAGUUCCAAGGUCAGAUUUGCAGAAGAUGCCAGCGAUUUGGAGUCUGGGUCCAACAGUUCGGAGUCUUAUACAAGCCAGCCUGGACGCUCGACGUCCUUCACAAGCCAGCCGGAACGCUGGGCGGGGCUGGGAAUUCCUGUUGCCGAAAAAGAUGCCGGUAAGGAGGUCCUAUACCAGGUCACACAGCAAGCAUUCAAUGAGCUUCUCGACAUCAUCUUUAAACAAGCCGAGGACCUUGCGGUCCAAGCAGCCGCAACUAAGGAGCAACGAGUAAAGUACAAGGCUGCCGUCGAUGCCGUAAGUCUGGCGGAUGAAAAGGCGGAAACCGGCAAUGGCAGCCAGCAGGAAGAUGUAACAAUUUACACAGAGGCGUCUCCCCGAAGCAAGACGCUACAGGAACUCCUAGAAGAAUCGGGUUACAUGCUCGACCAACAGGAGCCUAGGAAUGCUGUGGAGAUCAGUAUCGUUGAGGAAAUCUUACGAGAAGACCCUGCUGUUGAAGCUGCUGAGCACUCUUCGGAUCAGGGCGAGAGCGAGACUGAAUCCGAGUCUGAGCCUCAACCCGAGACCGAAGACGAAUACCGUGACCCUACCUUGCCACAGUUCCGCCCAAAUAGCGAUGCACCAGUCUCUAUAAGCCAGGCACCGUCUUCUUCCCCCAAACGGAAGGACAAGGAGCCCUCUAAGGAGGAAACCCGACCGGCCUCGGCCAAGCCAUCAGCUGCAAAAAAGAUGUCGAGUGAACCAUCGCCCAAAACUUUGCGGAGGUGGAAGAAGUUGAACAUGGCCGAGCAGCAAGCAGCUGAGCGAGGAGGUUGGGGUAGACUCAACUUUGCAGAGUUUGAGGAGAUUUACAAGAACCAGGAGCACCAGGGUAACAGACUGGAUUAUCUCGGCAGCUGGAUAGACUUUUGCAUCCCUUAG